AUGCCCGACUUCACCGACCACCUCCUCCCCGCCUCCCCCCGCGGACCCGAAAUUCUCUUCCAAGAACGAGCACAAUCCGACGUGCCCAUCAACGAACUCGCCCAUCUCCUCCUCUCCCGCAACGAUUUCCUCCGCCGACAAGAGAAAAUUUUACCCCUCUUGGAAAACCAUGUCUUGUUCCGCAAGGUCAAACAGCCGAAUUUGUCUCGUCCGGAACGUUAUCAGUUGGGAUUGGCGCGGGCGAAGACAUUGCGUCGCUGGGCGGAUCGCUUGGGUUGGGAUGAGGAGGAUUGGAAUGUUGCGGGUUAUUUGUGUGAUGAUGUGAGUCCUUAUAUGGUGCAUACGCAAAUGUUCGAAACCACUGUCCGAGAGCAAGGCGACGCCCAACAAAGAGAAUACUGGCUUCCCAAAAUCCGCGCCUGGGAGGCUAUUGGAUGUUAUGCUCAAACGGAACUCGGCCACGGCUCUAAUGUCAAAGGACUGGAGUGUCGCGCGACCUGGGAUCCCAAGACUCGGGAAUUCGUCCUUCAUAGUCCGACUCUUACGGCGUCCAAGUGGUGGAAUGGGACGAUGGGCAGGACGGCGAAUCAUGCGAUUGUUGUGGCGCAAUUGUAUGUUCCUGAGUCCACUAUGGGAGGGGAGGAGUCUAGAUUGGUGAAUCGGGGCCCCCAUCCUUUUAUUGUGCAGAUUCGAGAUUUGAAAACUCAUUUGCCUCUCGAGGGGAUUAUUGUGGGUGAUAUUGGACCGAAAUAUGGUUAUGCUCCUAUGGAUAAUGGGUACAUGCUCUUCAACAACUUCCGUAUCCCCCAUUCUGCCAUGCUCUCAAAUUACUCUCGCGUGGAUCCCAACACCGGCACCUACUCGAAACCCGCCAAUCCCGCCGUAGUAUACGGCAGUUUAACCUACGUGCGAGCCGUCAUCAUCAUGCACGCUCGCUUAAUCAUCGCAAGAGCAGUAACAAUCGCCGUUCGAUAUAGCACCGUACGAAAACAAUUUCCCGACCGCGAUAGCAACAAGGAGGACCAACAACAACAGUCUGCUCCCGAACUUUCCGUCCUCGACUACCCAACCGUACAAAUCCGCAUCCUGCCCCUUCUCGCCACGGCAUUCGCCCUCCAUUUCACAGGAGAAGCAAUGCAUACUCUCUAUUCUCGUACACGAGCAGAAAUCGCCCAAGGGGAUUUCAGCAAAUUGGCGAUUCUACACGCUCAGUCUUCGGGACUCAAAAGUCUCUGUACGGAACUCGCAGCCAACAGUAUUGAAACGUGUCGCAGAGCCAUGGGUGGACAUGGAUUCAUGUAUUCGAGUGGCUUUGUACAGUUGAAUAAUGAUUACUUGUCGAAACCUACCGUCGAAGGGGAUAAUUGGAUGAUUACGCAACAAACUGCACGCUUUUUGAUUAAACGUAUGGAAGCUGCUGUGGCGAGAAAAGGUCCCGCGAAGGAUUCUAUUGAACAGGAUUGUCGAGAUUGGUUGGAUAUAUUUCACAACAACAACGCACAUGACCAACAAGACCAACAACAAAAACAACCUCCACCCCCCUGCGAAAUCUUCCUCAACGACUCCCAAAUCGUCCAAGCCUUCCGCCGACGAUCCCGCCACCUAACCUACAACGCCUACAUCUCGCACAAGCAGCACAAACGCCCCUGGAAUUCCCUGCUACUCCAACUCCGCAAAAUCAGCAUCGCAGAAUCCGAAUCGAUUCUCAUCUCAAAUUUCCACAAAGCACUGAUCAAAAAAUCACCACCCCUCUCCCCCCUUUUGCAAACCCACCUCACAAACCAAUUCCACCUCUUCGCAUAUACCACAAUCGAAUCUUCUGCGCGAGAAUUUCUCUCAUCGCAUUCCAUUUCCGAUGCGCAUCUCAACCUACUUUCUGACAAAAUUCAAGAGUUGAUGAUGAAACAAAUUCGACCGCAUGCGGUGCGAUUGGUGGAUGCGUGGAAAAUCCCGGAUUAUCUGUUGGAUUCGGCGUUGGGGAGAUUUGAUGGGAAAGUGUACGAGGACUUGUUUGAUCGGGCACAUAAAAGGAAUCCGUUGAAUGAAAUGACGUUUAAUCCGGAUUAUCGGAGUGAGGAGAUUGUCAUGGGGGAUGGUGGUGAUGGGAUUAAAGAGAUUUUGGCGAAGCUCUAA